AUGGAAAUGAAAGAAAAUGAUAAGUAUAAGACAUGGAGAAUGAACCCAGACAGUGAAUCUUCAUGGCCCACUGAUGGAGAAGCCAGUUCUGGGAAGAAAUUCACUAUUCCAAAGAUCAGGAGGACAACUGAGAAAGUUUACUUGUCCUCUUGUUACACCAACACUAGAGAGUAUGGCUUCAUACAUGGCACUCUGAAGCAGUGCAGGCUUGACACAAGCUGUGACCUACAGCUCACGUGGCAGUUUGGAGAUACAAAGCUGGUUCGCAAUGAAUAUCUGGAAAAACAGUUUUCUGCUAAGAGAUCAGAGAUGCGUGAGAAUGGAAGACAUGGCAGAGAACUGGAAGAACAUUUCUGCUUCUUAGCACUUCCUCAGAGUGAUGUGGUAGAGAUCUACCAGAAUGGGCUAAGUACCAGAGCAUCCACACUGAAGACACUUGGGAAUCCUCUUCUUGGAAUUUAUAUGUUUAGACAUGUUGAUGUUGCCCUGAAUUAUGCUCAUAGUCGAAACACUACUGUAGAAAAUAUUGUGGUUUUUAAGGUUCUCUUUGGGAAAGUAAAGAAAAUUCAGCCUUCUGUCGACAAAAACAAAGUUUCUCUGGAUCCUUUUCCUAACUUUGAUUGCCAUAUAUCAAGAAGUAUGCCUUCUCCUAAAGAUACCAUUGAGCUUCAAGCCUACAAUUCAUUGGUGUACUUCUAUGAAUAUGAUUUCUUCUCAAGACCCGUAGAUAGACCUAGACAGUGCCUUCCAUAUGCAACAGUAACAGUAAAAUUUAUUGGUCAAAAGGCAGGUAAUGGACAACUUAUGACAUCACUGAGAUUCCCUUCCACAGGAUUUCCUAAGAGGCGUGAAAGAGCAUGUUCUCUGAAUAACUGCACAAUUGCCAAGAGAAUUGGAAAAGGAAAAGAUGCUACAGUCAUCUUUGAGCACUUCAGGAAGCCUGUUGAUCCAUUUGAUCAAGAAAAUUGUCCGUGCAAAGUACCAAAUUCAGAGAGGAGUCCUUCCAACAUGGAUGCUUCUAGUUCUUAUGGAAACAAUUCUGUGUUGAGAGAAUACAGCAGACACACAGAUAAUCGAUCAGAAGUUAGCGAUGCUUCUCAAGUACACACAUGCAAUUCAGGUCUUUCUUUCAUGUCCACUGCUAACACAGCAAGUGGUAAUGGUGACCUAUUCAGUGUGACAUACCUUCGAAGUAUUUUAAAUAGUAUUUCUGCUGCUCUUCCCUCUCAGAGCAGUACUAGCUCAAGUACAGUUAUUACUUCAAAACUUAUUAAGGACCCAAGACUGAUGAAAAGAGAACAAAGCAUGAGAAAACAAAGUAAUUCUGCAGAUUUAAGUGAUGGUUUGCCCCUCGAUAAGAGUGUAGGUCAUGGUGAUUCAGAAGUAAAACUGACAUGUAUGCCAACCAGUUCCAUCUCUUCACCUGAAAGCAUUCCUGCUGAUCAUGCUGUUGCUAAUUGUUCAGAUGCCUCUUGCUUCAGAUUCUCUUCUGAAAGUUCACACUGCCAGACUCACAGUAUCGGCUCAAAGGACUCUGACUGUACAGCAUCCAGUAAAGUUGCCAUUACAGAACAAUGUAAAGAGCAAAGCAGUUUCUCCUUUCCUCGUUACUUGCCAAAUGCAUUUUCAGAUGUUGGGAAACAAACAUACAAUGAAGAAGAGGCCCAGAGAGCCCAAAAGAGAAGCAGCUUCCAAGUUUUAACUGAGCAAAGCAAUGGGCCACAGAACUCCUUUGAGUCAGAAAAAAAUACUUGUUGUAAAGACUCUCAAAGUCACAUCUCUAAGGCAUCAUGGCCUUCGGAUUUAAGUGUUGUAUUUAAGUUUGGUCACCAGAUGUCUACUGUCUUCCCAAUCCAGAAGAAAGGAAACAUAGAUGAAUAUGUGCAAAAUACUGGAAUGAUGAGAACCUUUAUCAGCCCAGAAGACAGUUCUAGACAUGUAGUAAACCAAACUUGGUGGAAAGAAACUGUUAAUUCUUUAACUAAUGAAACUAAAAGUAUCCCAGUUGCUAAUUGCAUUGCGUUGCACCAGGAGUACAACGAAGGUGAAAAUAUUAAUUCUUUAAGGGAAAAUUGUGAAAAAAUACCAGAUAUUCCUACAUUACAAAUGCCCAAAUCUCCCAUAUCUACCACAAAGGAUAAAAAUGAAGUAGAUCAUGCAGCAUUGGAAUUAGAGUGUAAUCUUACUCCAAAUACAGGGUGCCUUUCACAAAAGCAUCCUCAAUAUUCUUUGGAGUGCAAAGAUAAUAUUCAUACAAAUUUUGCCAUAGCCCAAGGGCUAAUAGAAUUGAAAGCAAUACAAAAUAAUCAGAACUUGAUUAACAUUAUGACUGAUGCUUUCCAGGAAGCAAAAGAUGUUCCCCUGGCCAGAGAACAACUUGUUGAUAGAGUGAUUUCAUCUGAUGCCAUUGACAUAUCUCUUGACAGUUCAGGUUGCAACAUAAUUGAAGAAUAUAUGUCCAUCCAGAGGGAAAAUGAAAAUGAAGCAGUGUCAUUGUAUAACAUUCAAAAAGACUGCAAAGAGACUUCUCAUAUUAAAGACAAUGUGCAGGACCACAGCCUGCCUUAUGAUGCAGAGUUAAGGUCUGAUCUAAACUUGAAAAUUAUUUUGCAGGAACAAAGAAGUGAUGGAAAUCCAAAUGAGGCUAAAGAAAAAGAUGGUGCUUCAUCUCCAGAGUAUAAUACAACUAACGUAAAUGAAAGUAGGAAGCAAGAUUUUUAUGCAAAUAUAGUUGAAAUGAGUAACACCAAAGUAGAAACUCUGAAUUCUGAAGAAUGUACCACAUUUAACUCAAUUUGGAGAAAGAAAGAAAGACCAGCAAAAGCUGCAUCAUCAGAGAGUGAAGAUAGUAUGACUGCCAGAAAAAAAUAUACACCAAAUGAUGGAAGAAGUGUGGAACACUUGUCCACAUUUCCAGAAACUGAAGAGUCAUCAGUGUGUGUAGCUUCAGAUGCUACAAAAAAGGUAGUUAGUACCACUGUUCUUACAGAAAGCACAAAUCAUGGGGAUCAUCAAAAACAUCAUCUAAAAGAACCUGAGAUUUCAGGUUUGGGUUUAGUAAAACAAGGCAUUUCUGAUUGUGAGAUUGAUACUGAUAAAUUACAAGACUUUUGCCAUUUAGUAAAUGAGAAUUCAGUUCAUCAAACUUUUGAAUUGGGAGGUGAACUUGAAGUAGAACUUGAAGAACGUAAUAAUGCUCCUUUGUUUCAACAAAAUAUAGGUAACAAUGGAAAUGAUCUUUGUGAAGAAUUUGAGACCCUGAAGUCCCGGAUUGAUUGGGAAGGCCUAUUUGGAAAGAGUUAUGAGGCGAUGGAAGCCUUGAGUUUUACAAGAAGGGAGGGUACUGAUCCACAUCAUUCUGUAGAAUGUAAUUGUAUUUCUUUCUCUUCACAAAAAGACAAACGAGAGCAUCAGAACUCAGUUUUUCUUCCAGAUCUACAAGUUACAAUUACCAACUUAAUUAGUCUAAAAAUCGGUCCCACUGAUGAUUCCUUGGAGUCGAAAGAUAAUUUUUAUAAACCUGUAACUGAAUCCACAGAACCAGAAGCUAAUGAAAAGAGGAAAGCUUUUGGAUUUGGCAUUUAUUCCCGACCUUUUGAAGAGAAUUUAGGUUUUUUAUGUGAAAAUAAAUUUGGUAAUUCAGUGCAAGAAUCAGGACAUGUAAGCAAAUCUGGAAUCUCACAUUCUUCCAGCUCGAGUCAUAAUACACAUGUGAAUCACACACCUGGAAAACCAACCAGUGACUCUUUGUCUACUGAACCAUCUAAUGUCACAGUAAUCAGUGAUAAGAGUAAAUGUUCCACAAAAUCAAAACCUGACUUGAAUGACACUAGGAAUAAAAAGGACAUGGAAUCAAGAAGUAGCAAAAGAAACCACCAUGCAACUUCUCAGGGUCAGAACAUAUCCCAUAAAGAUUUAAGGCAGCAUGAAACUCAUGAGAAGAGGAGGAAGUCAACAAAUCGUGACUCAUCUGAACGGUUUUCUUCCCUAUCCCAAGGACGAAUUAAAACAUUUUCACAGUCAGAGAAGCACAUUCGGAAUGUACUGAAUAUUCUGAAUAAUGAAGCAUCUUUAUGUAAAAGCAAACGUCUGUCCAGAAAACUGAACAAAGCUGUUCUUCACUUAAAAAAAGCUCAUAGAAGAGUUCGUACAUCUUUGCAGCUUAUCUCUAAAGUGGGAAAAAAGAGAAAGGGCCCAUUACCAAAAGCGUAUGCAAUAAUUUGCAAUAAUUUCUGGGAAAGUUGUGAUCUUCAAGGUGAUAGUUUGAUGUCAGAAAGAAGAUACUCUGAUAGGCAUUUUUUAUCCAAAAGAAGGUAUGACAAACAGGGAGAAAAAAGAUUAAGAUUUGAUAUUGAUGAAUCAUUGGCUUCAGUAUCAAAGCACAGAACUUACAGAACAAACAGAGAGAGAAUUGCAGAGUGCCUUUCCAGUGAAAUCAUGUCUGGCCAUGUCUCCAAUAGUCUCACCACGUUCCAUGUGAGAGAAUUUUGUGAGGAAGAACAACUUCAUGAAUCACAGUUACCCAUACCCUAUACAUCGCAGAGUAUAAGUCAAUUAGAAUACACUAAUAGCAUUGUGAGAACUGCAAGCUCUUCUGAACCUGAGAAUUUUUCUGAAGAAAGUGAAUAUACACUUUACCCAAAUGAAACACUAACUGAAAAAGAGUAUCAAACUGGCACCCAGUUAUCUAAGAGUGAAAGCCAUACAACAUGCAAUACUAAGAAUAUAACAAAAGAAAAUAAUUCUGAAGAUAAAACAGUGGUAUGUGAAAGUAAUUCAGUGUCUUUAAGUUUCCCAAAAGACAACAUAAGUCAGAGUCAAGACAAAAGUUAUGAUACAACUUUUAAAGCUAACACUAAUAAACUUGUUUCUGUUUUAGACUCAAACAAGCCCUUUUUAAAUGUUGAUAUCUGUGAGCAAGGUAACCUUGUAUCUGAUGGUACUGGAAAUGAGGAAACAAUUUUUCCUGUAGAAAAGUGUACAGUUCUUACAGAGAUCACACCAAACAUUCCUACAGGAAAAACAGCCAACAGAAGGAACACAGUUCCUCCAUUGUCACCUAUUAUAGUGACAGCUGAUGAGGAAGAGUCUUCUGUGGGGGGAAAUGGACUCUUCCAUGUAAAGGAGAAUGAGGUGAAUAUUACUAAGCAUUCUAAAUUGGAUCUAACAUCAGUAUCUGAAGAAAGUCAAAGUUGUAAGAAAAAUUUAAAGAAACUAUCUUUCAAUGAUAGUUCUCUGCACUUAAAAGAGAAUGUAAAGGGUCCUUCAAAAGCAUAUAUGGCAAAAUACAAUGAGGAAGAAAAAAUGAGAAAAAUUGAGCAAGCAGUUUACCCAAAAAUGGUUCCUGAAGGAUCAGCUGUUAUUAUUGGUUACAAACAUCAAAAUAAGAUGCCAAAAGAAGACUCCUUCCACUUACACAAUAAAAUAAUUAAAAACAACUUAACUGAUUCUUGUGUAGGCAUUAAAAAUUCUACUCUAGAGACUACUGCUUUGAAAAACAUUUCUAGUCAGCUUAGUAAAAGACAGAAAGUAGGGCAAAUUAAACAGCUUAGUAACGACUCUAACUAUCCUUCUAAAUCAGCCACUGCAGGAACCAGUGAUAGGCUUGUUGUACAUGAGAACUCUGAAGUCACUGUUUCUCAGAUGAAGCCUCUAUCACACAUGGAAGAAUUACAAGAAUCCACAUCUCAUGUAACAGAACUGUCUCAGAUUUUACAGAGAGCAGAUGAAGCAGCAUCUUUGCAGGUGUUAGAAGAAGAGACUAAAGUUUGUCAAAAUAUUCUCCCUUUGUUUGUUGAAGCUUUUGAAAGAAAGCAAGAGUGUUCACUUGACCAAAUCCUGAUUUCAAGAAAGCUGUUGGUGGAGCAGAACUUGUGGAGUAAUUGUAAACUUCAGUUGAAACUAUGUGCCAUUGACACCUGGGUGGAACUGCAGAUGGCAAUGGAGACUGUUCAGUUCAUUGAAAACAAAAAAAGAUUCCUUGAGGGUGAACCAACAUUCCGAAGCCUGCUGUGGUAUGAUGAGAGUUUGUACAGUGAGCUACUUCUCAGGCCGCGUGGAUAUCAACUGCAGUCCAAUUUCUAUCCUGCUUUUCAAAGACGACUAAAAUAUAAUGCAUUCUGUGAGUUACAAAGGUAUUACUGUCAGUUAAUUGAAACAAAAAAAGAAAAGACUUCAUAUUAUACAUUCUUAAAAUACAAACGACAAAGGAAAGAAUGUGAAGCCAUCAUGAAACACCAUGCUGAUUGUUCUGAGUUUUGUCUUUCUGUUCCAUUUACCUGUGGAGUUAACUUUGGUGAUAGUUUAGGAGACUUGGAAGCCUUAAGAAAAAGUGUUCUGAAGCUGAUCAGUACACAUAGGGACUCUACUAAGGUCAAUUCUUAUCCGGGUAAGGAAGAUCAUUUGUGGAUCAUUUUAGAAAUGGUCUCCUCAAAGAUAAGUUUUAUCAAGAGCAAUGAAGAAAUAAGUAUCAAAAUCUGUCUUUAUGGUCUGGAACAUAUAUAUUUUGAUGCUGCAAAAAGUCUUGUGUGGAAAGAAAAAAGCUACUCUUUCCCCAGAAGACAUUCUGAGAUGAACAGAGAAUUGGAGGAAAUAAAUGAAUGUGCUUUUUCUGAGUGGAAGAAGAUCUAUGAUGACUUAUCUAAGGAUUUAAACAAUGAAUCAACUCCCACUGUUGAACUUGAAGAAGAGUCAGCUCUAGUUAGGGUACCAAACUGUAAGCUGAACACCGCUUGGCUUUCAUACCCAGAUAUCUGUUGUAUUAGUGAGAUCCUGGAUCAAGCUAAAUCUGCAGACCUGGAGAAAUUACAGGACCUCACUCUCAGAUGUACAGUUCACUUGGAAAUUUUAAAAAAAUACUUCCAGAUGCUGCAAGAAGAUAACAUAGAUAAUAUUUUUAUCACUGAAGAAAAUGUUUUGGAUAUGUUAAACCACAACCAUGGAGCUGUCAUUUUAAAGCCUGAAGCUAUUGAAAUUUAUAUUGAAACUGUCAUGCUUUCAGAAACCAUUCAUUUUCUUAAAAAUUCAAUGGCAAAGAAGCUACACAAUCAGAGGUUUCGAGGUAUGCUCUGGUUUGAUUGGUCUCUUCUUCCUGAGCUUGUUGGCUGUCAAGAAGAAAUGGCUUCCUUUUCACUUGAUAACAACCGAACAGAUUGCCUUUGGAAAGUGAUAGAAAGUGCUAUUUCUCACCUUAAGGAAGAGCUAGGUGUUGUCUGUGACUCCAGCGAAGCUGUUAAUUGUUCCUAUGCUCUGCGUUUAUUCUCCAGAGAACUUAAGGAACUCUCAGGAAUUAAAAGGCUUCUAAAUACUUCAGAGUAUUCCGUUUCUACAUAUAUUGACGUGGUACCACAUACUGCGUCUGUAAACUAUGGAAAUACUGUGACAGAAUUAGAACAUAACUACAACCAGCUUUUUAUAUUACUCAAAAAUAUAAUGUCUGUCCCUCAAAAAGAUUUUGGAAAAAUGGUCCAUAUUAUAAAAGUUAUGAAAACAAUUGAACAUAUGAAGAGGAUAAGUGCCAAGGAUACUAAGUUGUCCACACGUCUGCUCUUUUUCCAAAUGCUGCGUAACAAAAGAAACACUUUAAACAGAAAAGAAAGGGUGGGUACUCCCAUUAGAGAACCUGAAGAGACCAGCAGUGAGCUCAGAGUUUCUGUGCAGACACCCUCUGCUGCAGAGUACACAGUAAGAAACAUUUCAAGUUCCUCUAAAAAACGACCUAUGACUGCGGACAAACAUGAAAUCUCUCAGGGAAAAGGAAAUACUGGUGCUGUUUCCAAUCAUAAAAAGCAAAAGGUUACCAUGAAAAGUAUAAGCAGACAAAAGACAGUAUCCGAGAAUCCAAGGACUACAGAAUCUCAUCCCAAAGAUGACAGUUUGAAAGGAGACUCUGCAUCUCCAGAGACAGUCAAAAGACAAAGCUCAACACCUGGAUUGCUUUCACCUUCUAAGAACGUACAAGACACUUGCACACCCAAGUCAGAAAGCAAAAUAGAACUGACAGAUAGUUCGUCUGAUGUUUCAGAAUAUCUCACUGAACAGCAUGAAAACAUAAAUGGCAUAACGAAAAGAAACGUGAAUUUUAGUGCUGCUGAAACAAAUGAUAAGGAAGACCGUCUUUUAGUAACUUGUGACCAAAAUGAUAUAGAUGCCACUUUCUCACCCGACAGCACACCUGCACAGAAGUUGCAUGAAUACCCUACAGAUCACAGACAGGUCUGUCCUUCAGAUAUAGGAGCAGGAAAUGAUAGCCCUCUUGUGCCUAAUGCAUCAUUGCCUACUUCCAGUCCCAUGAGGGGUAUCCAUAGCCAUCUUGAAAUGAGUGAUACAGUCUUUGAACAUGAAGAUAGUGAAAUACUAGAUCUGUCUAUUAAAGAUUGUACAUGUACCAGCUCUCCAGAACCUGUGUGUAUCCAGGAAAAAAUUCCUGUCCUGCAAGUAUAUGAAACACAGCCUAUAAAAACUGAGUCACCAGAAAAGUGUAUAAGAGAUGCACCAAAUCCCAGUACCACACGGUUUGGCUCAUGUGAGAGCUCGGCCGCUGGCGUGAGUGAAGCAGCACGGCACACUCUCUCUGGAAAGGGUGGGAAGAGCCCAGAAGUCCCGACUCAGAAAGUUGACACGCCCUGGAGUGCAGCUCCACAGUCCACGUGCACUGCAGUGUAUAAUUCUCCUGAGUAUUCGUUUGGAACUUCAUACCCAUACUGUGCCUGGCGUUUUUAUCAGUGCAGCAGCACUGCCGUUACUCACACAUACCAAGAGAUGACAACAUAUGAGACAGCUCCUCCUCCCAUGAUGACUGCAGUUGCAAGUGCUGUCCAGAACACGCAUUUUAAUCAUUCAUAUGCCGAACAUUUUAGUUACUUUGCUAUGCAACCGCAAGCAAAUGCCUGUGUCCCAGGAAAUGGCUAUUUUCCAUCUCCCAUGCCUGUUUUUUACAAUUAUCAACAACCAGUUUAUUCACAGUUUGCAUCUCAUCAGCUGGUACCACAAGCUGCGCAUCCUUAUCCUCCUAACCCUGGUGUACUUCCACAUGUGUCUUGGACUUACGCUCCAUGGCAGCAGAACCCAUUUCCACCAAGGCAUUAUGAAUAA